CGUCCUCGGUGUGUUUGCUGACACCGAAGCAGCUUCAGUCUGAUCCCAGACGAGCGGCAGCGGAUGUCUGCUUUCCCUUUUGCUCUGUGGAGAAACACGCGGGCCGCCUGGAAAGCCGCUUUUCUUGUGGAUCUGAUGAACUUUCCAACAUUUUACAGAGAAAUAUCGCCGAGCUGAGCUCUCCUCCGCGGUGAAGCUGCAGGUUUGAAGCCUCUCCGGACGAAACGCAGAAACCUGCCGCUCUCCUUUUGCCUCCAGCGGGAAGAGCCGGCGGUCCGCUGCGGGCUCCGGCCGCUCUCUGCUCUCACGAUUCCCUCCACAUGUGGAUUUUACACAUUUUUCUGUGAGGAGAAAACACAAAGUGACUCGACAUCCCGGAUGCAGGAGGGGCGGCGGGCUGGCUGAGUCUACACGGUCCUCAUGCCGUGUAUAAGCACCGCCCUCCGCUCCGGCCGCAGCAUCAGUCCAGUCCCGCUCAGUUCGCUGCGCACCGACCAGACCACAGAGACCACAGAGACCACAGAGACCACAGAGACCACAGAGACCACAGAAUGGCAGAAGAGGCUCCAGCUCCGGCCGCCGCCGCCCCGGCCAAAGCCCCCAAGAAGAAGCGUGUCAGGCCGAAGAAGAGCGGCCCCAGCCUCGGGGAGCUCAUCGUCAAAGCCGUGUCCGCCUCCAAGGAGCGGGGCGGCGUGUCGCUGGCCGCCCUCAAGAAGGCUCUGGCCGCCGCAGGCUACGACGUCGACAACAACAAGGCCCGCGUCCGCUUGGCCGUCAAGAGCCUGGUGACUAAAGGCACUCUGCUCCGGACCAAGGGCACCGGAGCCUCCGGCUCCUUCAAGAUCAACAACAAGCUCAAGGCCGACAAGCCCAAGAAGGCGGCCAACAAGCCAGCCGCUAAGCCCAAGAAGCCCCAAGCCAACAAACCCAAAGCGGCCAAGAAGCCCAAGAAGACACCGCUCAAGAAACCCAAAGCCACCAGCAAAUCUCCCAAGAAGGCCAGCAAACCCAAAGCGGCCAAGAAAACCACCAAGAGCCCCAAGAAACCAGCCAAGAGCCCCAAGAAACCAGCCAAGAGCCCCAAGAAGCUCACCAACAAGCCCAAGGCCAAGAAACCCGCAGCUAAGAAGGCCGCCAAGCCCAAAGCCAAGAAACCAGCUCCCAAGAAGAAGUAAACCGGACAACAUGCAUUAUUGCGCCAACUAAAGGCUCUUCUCAGAGCCACCCACACCUUUCAAAAGACACCAACUCCUCAUUCUACAAACACGCAACAACAAACCACCACACAACUAAGCGCUCACA